AUGGCAUCUUCAUCUUUUACAUCAGGCAACAGCUAUACGUUCAAGGUGACCAUCGGCAACGAGACACGCCGUUUUUCGUUACCCAAGAAAUGCACUUCAUGGCAUACGCUUUGUGCCGUAUUAUGGUCAUCAUUCCAGAAUCUCAACAACCAAAACGACUUGGUCCUUUAUUAUCGCGACAACGAUCACGAUGUCAUUACCCUCUCGAGUGAUAUGGAACUUGCCGAGUUGCUACGACAACCUGAGGCGGUAUCAUCGAAUUCAGUUGUACGACUUUAUGGGGAACGACGACAAGACGAUGCAACGAUGGCGUGGGUGUUUGCACCUGAAGAGGAGACGAUGAUGGGGCACAGCAAUCCUUAUGGUGACAACACAUUAACACCCCAUUUGGAAAAGGUUAAUCAGGUGGACGGUGAGCAACAACAACAACAACAACAACCGGCUGUAGAAGCCGAGCAACAACAACAACAACAACGUGAUCCAUUUGCAGCAACGUUUGAACAACUUGGGCAGCUGAUGGAUCGUUUCAGGGACACAAUCCAAGAUAAUCCCGAAGUCAUGCGUGUCAUGAGUCAAAUGGCAAGCACGAUUACAACAUCCAUUUCAAACAAUACUCGUAUCAAUCUAGCACCACUCGAGGAAUGGCUUCAAUCCCUCAGCCAACCACAACAACAACAUCAACAAGAUGAAAACUUGUAUCCAAUGCCACAGGAAGACGAUAUAUGGAUAACAAGAGCACAGCAACCACCCCUCGAAGAUCAUGAUCCACCACGAUAUGAAGAACCCACUGAACCAUAUCCACUCUAUGAUACCAAACCAGCAGUAGCAGAAUCAUCUACAAGAGGUGGUGGUGGUGGUGAUGAUACAAUGUUUCCUUCUCAUCACCAUCAUCAUCCACCUCCCCCUCCACCUCCUCCACCAGCACCAGCGCCAAUGUUUAUGGAGUCAUCUCUUUAUCCACCACCGCCCCCUUUUAUUGGUCCAUUAUGGUCGCGUGUUUUGAGAACUGUGGGAUCAUCUCUUGGUUGGAACAAUGGUCCACAACAUCAUCAUUACAAUGCAGCACGAUAUUAUUCACCACCUAUUCCUCAUCCUCAUCAUCCACCACCACCACCUCCUCCGCCAAUGCCAAUGCAACCACCUCCACCACCACCACCACCACCAGCAACACAGAUGCCUGUACCACCACCUCCUCCUCCACCACGACGUUGGGAUAGUGGUCGUCGUCAUCAUCAUCGUCAUCACCAUCAUCAACGCCGUGAUGAUCAUCGCUAUCCAUCACCUUUGCCCCAUGAUUUCGAACAUGAUAAUAGAUGGGAUCAUCACCCACAUGGUUAUGGCAAACAUUAUCAACAUCGUCAUCAUCAUCAUCCACCAUCGUCAAUGCAACCUCCUUCAUUUUCUCCUUUUGAUGCAGCAACAGCAGCAGCAGCUGUAGCUUCUUCAUCAUCCACUGCAAGACAACAUCAUCAUCAUCAUCACCCUUGGUACAACAAUGAUCAUCAUGAAUGUCGACAUACACGAUCUGAGUUGAAAAGGAUGCGUAAGCAAGAAAGGAAGGAACGACAUCAGCUACGAAAAGAACGACGUGCUGAAAAGAAAAGGCUGCGUAAGGAAAAGCGUAAAAUGAGACAUCAAGCUCGCAAGGAUCGACGACGUGGUGGUGGUGAUGUGGCGGAUGGUUACGAUUCAAGUACAAGUACAAGCUCAUCGUCUUCCAGUAGCAGUAGCAGCAGCAGCAGCAGCAGCUUAUCAUUGCUGUCAUUGUCAGAUGACGAUCAUGCGCACGAGGAACUUGCUUAUCGUGUGGAACGACUACGUGUCAACAACAAUGACUCCCUCAAUAAGCCUGCCGUCGACAUCAACAAAGAAAAGAAGCAACAAUGA